AUGUCAGACACUGACCAUACAGCACAAAUAUACUGUAGACUAGGUUUUACCAGGUUAACCAGGGACAUGAGGUAUAGAUAUAGACACGCUGGUGGGUUAACCAGGGACAUGAGGUAUAGAUAUAGACACACUGGUGGGUUAACCAGGUUAACCAGGGACAUGAGGUAUAGAUAUAGACACGCAGGUGGGUUAACUAGGGACAUGAGGUAUAGAUAUAGACACACUGGUGGGUUAACCAGGUUAACCAGGGACAUGAGGUAUAGAUAUAGACACGCAGGUGGGUUAACUAGGGACAUGAGGUAUAGAUAUAGACACACUGGUGGGUUAACCAGGUUAACCAGGGACAUGAGGUAUAGAUAUAGACACGCAGGUGGGUUAACUAGGGACAUGAGGUAUAGAUAUAGACACACUGGUGGGUUAACCAGGUUAACCAGGGACAUGAGGUAUAGAUAUAGACACGCAGGUGGGUUAACUAGGGACAUGAGGUAUAGAUAUAGACACACUGGUGGGUUAACCAGGUUAACCAGGGACAUGAGGUAUAGAUAUAGACACGCAGGUGGGUUAACUAGGGACAUGAGGUAUAGAUAUAGACACACUGGUGGGUUAACCAGGUUAACCAGGGACAUGAGGUAUAGAUAUAGACACGCAGGUGGGUUAACUAGGGACAUGAGGUAUAGAUAUAGACACACUGGUGGGUUAACCAGGUUAACCAGGGACAUGAGGUAUAGAUAUAGACACGCAGGUGGGUUAACUAGGGACAUGAGGUAUAGAUAUAGACACACUGGUGGGUUAACCAGGUUAACCAGGGACAUGAGGUAUAGAUAUAGACACGCAGGUGGGUUAACUAGGGACAUGAGGUAUAGAUAUAGACACACUGGUGGGUUAACCAGGUUAACCAGGGACAUGAGGUAUAGAUAUAGACACACUGGUGGGUUAACCAGGUUAACUAGGGACAUGAGGUAUAGAUAUAGACACACUGGUGGGUUAACCAGGUUAACCAGGGACAUGAGUUAUAGAUAUAGACAUGCUGGUGGGUUAACCAGGGACAUGAGUUAUAGAUAUAGACCAGCUGGUGGGUUAACCAGGUUAACCAGGGACAUGAGGUAUAGAUAUAGACAUGCUGGUGGGUUAACCAGGUUAACCAGGGACAUGAGGUAUAGAUAUAGACAACCUGGUGGGUUAACCAGGGACAUGAGGUAUAGAUAUAGACACACUGGUGGGUUAACUAGGGACAUGAGUUAUAGAUAUAGACACACUGGUGGGUUAACCAGGGACAUGAGUUAUAGAUAUAGAUACACUGGUGGGUUAACUAGGGACAUGAGUUAUAGAUAUAGACAACCUGGUGGGUUAACUAGGGACAUGAGGUAUAGAUAUAGACACACUGGUGGGUUAACCAGGUUAACUAGGGACAUGAGGUAUAGAUAUAGACACACUGGUGGGUUAACCAGGUUAACUAGGGACAUGAGUUAUAGAUAUAGACACACUGGUGGGUUAACCAGGGACAUGAGUUAUAAAUAUAGUCACGCUGGUAGGUUAACCAGGGACAUGAGUUAA